AUGCCUGUCGUCCAGUUCGCGCCCUUUGCGUCCCUUGUCCAACCGGGUUUUUGGCAUGAGCUCACUCGCAUGAAGAUAGAUGUUCUUCGUCUCUCAGAGGAAGCUAUUACUGUGACUGGAUCAUACUCCGUCGGUCGAUCAAUCAGAGAUCGCGAAACAGGGCAAGAUAUCGCUCUUGGAUGUAACCUCACAAUUAGGGAAGAUGCUUACCAGAAGGCACCUCAGUUGCAACCCAUGUCCGUCCAGGCCACUGGCAUCUUCAAGAACUACAAUACCAUCGAGGACUUCAAGGCCGCGGAUAAGGCUGCGCUCGUCAAUGACGUCGUUGCCAAGAUCUGGGACAGCAUCAUCACGACCAAAGACACGUCUCUCCUCACGCAGUUCUUACUUAUAACAUUCGCCGAUCUCAAGAAGUAUCAGUACUACUACUGGUUCGCGUUCCCCGCGUUUGUGUCCAAACCAGCCUGGCAGAUUUCAGAAAAUGGCUGGAAACCAGCGGACGAAGAGAUCAAGGGGAUGGAGUCUAUCUACGACUCCCUUCUCAACUCGACCAGAUCAUUCUUCCUCGUAAGGGAGGUUGGCGGCGUAACCAUGGUGGGGUUGAUAGAGGAAUAUGAAGAGUUCUUUUCUGGUGUCGCUCCCGAAAAUCAAGCAGUCGGCUUUCUGGAUCCAUCUGCUCUUCCUGAAAACCCAGGUUGGCCUCUCCGUAACUUACUCACCUUCCUUCGCGCGGUGUACCCAUCGCAAACAUCUUCCGUCCGAGUUAUUUGCUGGAGGGAUAGCGAGAAGCCUAUCGCUGGAAAGUCAUGGAAGAGUCGGUUUGGAGUGGUCUCUGUCGGAGAAGGAGAUCCAACUACGAAACCCAGUGCUAUAGGAUGGGAGCGCCAUCCGACAACCAACAAGCUCAGCCCUCGAGUCGCUGACCUAGCACCCAUGAUGGAUCCGAAGAGACUCGCUGAUCAAGCUGUAGACCUGAACUUGAAGUUGAUGCGCUGGCGAAUUUUACCUUCGCUAGACCUCGAUAAGGUGGCAUCGACAAGAUGCCUGCUUCUUGGCGCCGGCACGCUUGGCUGCUACGUUGCACGAACCCUCAUGGGAUGGGGUGUCCGUACAAUUACUUUCGUUGAUUCUGCGCGUGUAUCAUUUUCGAAUCCCGUCCGCCAACCCUUGUUUGAAUUUGAGGAUUGUCUCAACGGCGGCAAACCCAAGGCUGCUUGCGCCGCCCAGCGUCUGACGAAAAUAUUUCCCGGUAUUAAUGCAACCGGCCAUGAUAUGUCGAUACCCAUGCCAGGCCACCCUAUACCCCCGGCGUCCACUGAGCAAGCGAAGAAAGACGUUGGACGUCUAGAGAAGCUGUUCGACGAACACGAUGUCGUCUUCCUCCUAAUGGAUUCUAGAGAAAGCCGCUGGCUGCCAACUGUUUUGGGCGCUGCAAAGGGCAAGAUAGUCCUUAACGCCGCCCUUGGGUUUGACACUUACCUUGUCAUGCGACAUGGCGCUCGGGCGUCUACGACAACGGGCACUCGAUUGGGUUGCUAUUACUGCAACGAUAUCGUCGCUCCUGCUGAUUCCUUGACGGAUCGCACUCUGGAUCAGAUGUGUACCGUGACAAGACCCGGCCUCGCCUCGAUCGCAGCUUCCACGGCGGUCGAACUCCUUGUCUCUUUGUUACAACAUCCUGAUGGGAUUCAUGCACUCCCACCCCCUCCUCAAGCCAAUGGCGCUGCGGCAGACCCCAGCACAUCGGGCAGUGUUCUCGGUCUUGUACCUCAUCAAUUGCGUGGGUUCUUAGCGCAGUUCAGAAACCUCCCAAUCACGGGCGCAGCGUAUGACAAGUGCACAGGUUGCAGUGAAACAGUUCUCAAAGCCUAUGAGGAACAAGGCUUUGACAUGCUCUUGAAGGCAUUCAACGAGCCUGGAUUCCUGGAAUCAUUGACUGGGCUAGAUAAGCUCUAUAGCGAAGGUGAUGCAGCAAUGGAGAGCGUGGAUUGGGAAGAGGACGACGAGGACGAGUAG